UACAUUAUUAUUCUAUUUUCAGCUUCAAGACUUGUAACAAAAUAAAUAUGCGUGAGACUCCUCUUUCACAGUGUGAGAGGGAAUUUAUCUUAAACAAUAUAGCCCUCAAAAGAAGAUUAGACGGUAGGAAUUCUUAUGAUUAUCGUGACAUCAGAAUAUCCUUUGGUGUGAGUUUAGGCUGUUGUCAUGUGGAACUGGGAAAAACUAGAGUUUUAGCCCAAGUCUCCUGUGAAGUGGGCCAGCCUAAACAGACCCGCCCACAUGACGGUGUUUUAUUUGUCAAUGUUGAACUAUCUCCCAUGGCCAGUCCAGCUUUUGAGGCAGGAAGGCCAUCAGAGGAAAGUGUGGAACUCUCCCGGCUAAUGGAACGGUGUUUAAAAGAAUCUCGAUGCAUGGAUUUGGAGUCUCUGUGUAUAGUGUCUGGAGAGAAGGCAUGGCAUGUUAGAGUUGACAUUCAUGUACUCAAUCAUGAGGGCAACAUUUUAGACUGUUCAAGUAUAGCUGCCAUAUCUGCAUUAGCACAUUUUAGGCGACCAGAUGUUAGUGUGCAUGGAGAAGAAAUCACAAUACACUCACUAGAAGAAAGGAAUCCAGUACCUUUGAGUAUCCACCACAUGCCACUUCUAGUUUCAUUUACAUUUUUCUCUCAAGGGAAAUUCAUGCUCCUGGAUCCCUCAGAGAAAGAAGAGAAAGUGAUGGAGGGAAAGAUGGUCAUAGGAAUAAAUAAACACAGAGAAAUUUGUACACUCCAGGUUACUGGGGAUAUGUUACUUCACAAAGAUCAGGUUCUACGAUGUACCAGCAUAGCAGUGACUGAAGUCACUAAAAUAACAGAGCUCAUCCAUAAGGCAUUAGAGAAUGAUAAAGAAGCCAGAUUGAGGGGUGAGAAACAUGGUUUUGCUGAGCUGGUGUCAAGGCAGAAAGUCACUUCUAAUCAACAGCCAGUGAAAGAGAUAGCCUUAAAGGAAAAGAUGGACACAGAUGAUGAAAGCACUUCGGACAGUGACCUCAGUAGCUCAGGGGAGCCAACCAUGGAAACUGAAGACAAAAGUAAUAUCCAUAUUUUGACCAAAGGUGUAGGAAUGAUAGGUGAAGGAGGAGCCAGUAAAUGGUUGCCAGACACCCCUUCAUUGCGAGGGAAGGAAAAAGUUUUAACCAAAUCAAAACAAGAGCCCAUGGAAGAUGAUGGGGAAAGCAGUGAAGAAGAAUCUCAAGUCACGCUACAACCCUUGUUGUGAACAAACUUGAAUUAUGUUAAAUAAACCUUUUCACUACUA